AUGGUUUCUUCCGAACUCAGCGAGUCGUCGGCCACUCGCAGUAAACCCGGCCAGGACAUCCGCCUCAGCUCUGGUAUACAAAAUGCCACAUUUAGUCCGAUCCAGUUCAUCGCUGCGAGAGGUAUCACAAGCGAAAGAGGAGGAACAAUACCGGAUAUUGACUUCGACACUCAAUGGGAAGCAAUCGAGUGUUUCUUUGGGCCAGUAGUGCAGAGCGUCCGGGCUCGUGUUGAGGACAAUAUUUACGAUGAGGAUCUUCUCGCUAGCUGGGCUGAUUUACUUGAUGCGCAAGAGUAA